AUUACCUACCUAUUGCCUACCUACUUACCACUCAAUAAUAAUAAUAAAAUGAAUUUUUAUAAUAAUGUAUGUAGGUAUGUACCGUUUUUGACAUUUACAUAGUUUUCAAAAAAGAGAAAAUUGGAAUGAACGAGUACCUAGGUAUUAUGGUGCCUCAAAUCAGCAUUUAUUUCUGAACCAGGAAAUAUUGUUGAGAUAGUUCUACAGUUAAGUCAAUUUACCAAUUGACAUGACGGUGUAGUCGUAGAGCGUCCGAGAUUUUACGAUUGAGAUUCAAUGGGCGUAAUGUUACGUGUAGCAAUUUUUAUCAGAAUCGCCUUGUAGUACACGCAUAAAAUUUAUUCAAAGUGAAAUCUGCAGAAAAGUGUCAAGUUCGGUAGGGUGGACGUUAAGAAGAGGUCGUGAAGUUAUGUGGAACAGCAAGGCAGUGUUAUGAAUGAGGAGGCUCUGUUGGCACGGGCUUCCGAGGAGCGGGAGCGGAUCUUCCAAAGAUACGAAAGAGGACGUGAAAAUCUUGUUGGUCUAAUCGACCCUUGGGAGGAUCCGGAGUUUGAAGAGUACCACAAAACCGAUAGGUAUGGCUUCAUUCAUGACGAACGUUUGCCGCAGAAAACGGCGCCGCAAAAGAUUAACAUUGAACUUGAAAGAGAAAAGAAAUGGCUCAAGAUGUUAGAAGAAUGGGGCACAUCUGAAACCAAACAAAAACUGCAUCGUAGAAUUUAUAAGGGCAUUCCAAACUCACUUCGUAUAGGAGUAUGGAGCAAGUUAUUAGAUGUAAACCGAAUGAGAUCUGACAAUCCUGGAAAAUAUCGAGAGAUGUUAAAAUUAGCUAAACUUUGGUCUACUGACGUUCGACAAAUUGAUUCUGAUGUAAAUAGGCAGUUCCGAGAACAUCAAUUCUAUAGAGAGAGAUAUUCUGAGAAACAGUGCUCUUUAUUCAAUGUUCUAUGUGCAUAUAGCUUAUAUAACUCUGAAGUGGGCUAUUGCCAAGGCAUGUCAGGAUUGGCUGGUGUGCUCUUAAUGUAUAUGGACGAGGAAGAUGCGUUCUGGGCACUUGCAGUACUCUUGUCAGACAAGAAGUACGCAAUGCAUGGAUUAUAUAUAGAAGGAUUUCCAAAGUUAACGAGAUUUCUAGAACACCAUGAUAAGAUACUCACUAAAUUUAUGCCUAAGUUAAAGCGCCACUUUGAUAAAUUUGGCUUGGAUGCUAUACUUUACUCACUGAAAUGGUUUUUUGUUUGUUUUGUUGAAAGGGUGCCAUUUAGCCUUUGUUUAAGAGUUUGGGAUAUAUAUCUUUUGGAUGGAGAAAGGGUUAUCACAGCUAUGGCCUAUACAAUACUCAAACUGCACAAAAAAACCAUCAUGAAGUUAAAUGACAUGGAUUUAAUUGUCAAUUAUAUCCAGGUUAAACUUCAUAAAGAUUUUGGAUAUGAAGAUGAUAUAGUUAUUUAUCAAUUAGAGAAGUCCAUGGAGGAAUUGAAGAGAGCGAAGCUCGACUAUCCAGGACUUCCACCACCUAACGAACUUCCUAAACGUCCUUUGGGUGUUUUCGUCGAACCAGAUAAAAAAUCCAAAAUCGGACAGCGAGCUGAAAAUUUUUCUGAGACUGAAAAACAGGCCAGAGCUAAUGUGAUAUUAAGAAGAGAGAAAGCAGCGUUGGAGCUACAGGAACUUCGGGUGUCUCAAAGCGAUACGGUUUCAGAGCACAGUGGCUUAGCGAGCGGUGUCCGGUGCGACGACUCGGUGUCGGGUCUGGGGUCUCGCAGGUCUCUCGCGGACACGAGUGUCACGAGCACGGCCGACCUGAGCGUGUUCUCUAGCGGACGGUCGCACGCGCCGGACAACUCCCUCGACACUCACAGCAACGUUAGCGACGACGGCACAGGGUCAGAUGGUUCGGGCGUUUGCGGGAUGAGUAUACAGAGGGCGCCAUCGACGAGCCACUCGACACCAAGGGCGACCCCCCACCCCCCAUCCGCGUCCCCCAUGUCGGACGACGUGGUCCGCAUCCACGUCACCUACAAUCCCCUGACGGCCAGCCCGUCGCACCUUCAUCCCGUAAGUCCGAAAAAAUAUAAAACUUACACCGACGACCAUUUGAAGCCCAUCUCCCUUGGCUUCUACACGUCCAACGGAACCAACAAUGUGCCCUCUGACAAUAGGAUUCGCAUACAAGUACCUUCUGAAGAUCUGCUUACUCCAGUCGUUGACUCUGGUAGAAUUAUAAACCAACGCUACCUUGAAUCUCAUUCAGACGCUUACGAUCUGAAAUAGUAAUAGACGAUCUGAGUGUAUUUCUUGUCUUAUUUUAUUUACUUGUAUAUAUAUUUUUACGGUGACUUUUUGUUCUUAUUUAAAAUUUUAAAAAAAGAAGAACAAAUGAAAUGUAAUUUUUAUUGAUUAUUAGAACAAGAUAACGCCGAGAACUAAAUCGAAUUACAACUGUUCGUUUAGAUUAAUGUAUUAUGUAAUUGUAAUCGUUGCUUGGUACGUAUAGAUUUUCAAUCGUCUCAAAUGUAAUAUUCGACGUGUGCCUCGUUGCUUUUGUUUACGUGUCGUUUUGUGUACCGUUUACAUGCAUUUCAAUAAAUAAAUACGGUUCAGCACAUUGGCUUUUAAAUAGCCCACGUUUGUAGUCACGCUGCGUCUGAUGUGUCAUUGUAGUCGUUAAAAUUAUUUUCGUAACAAUUUAAUUAAAACAUAUAUCGAUACGCUAGUGAUAAUUUCUCAUGAAAAUGUAUAUGUUAGAUGUGUAAUGUAAAACAAAAAACCCCAUUAAUUAGGUAUAGGUUAAUAUGUAAGAAGCUAUUUGAGAAUUACAUUAAAAACUUACAGUGAGAAACGCAAUAAUAUCAGUUAAACUGUUCGUUAGAAAACGAGUAUAAUAUUAUAUUAUAUUAUAUUAUAUUGUAUUAAUUCGUAUUUAUGGUUAAAAUAAAAAUGAAACAGUAACUAUGUUGUCAAUACGAAUAUAGCGGCUGAUUUACGGUCUGAGGAGUUAGCUUGAAAAUAAAUUAUUUAAUUUAGCGAAAUAUCUUUGAGAAAAAUAUCGAAUUGAAUAAAUAAAUUUGUACGGUGUUAGAUUUAUAAAAUGCGUUGCAUAUUAUACUUUUGGUAGAGUAACGUUUUAAAGAGUGAAUAAAGUCCGAGCUGACAGCUUUUUAUAUAGUAACUAAUUAGAUUCAUAUAUAUUUUUAUAAAUGUACAAUAAUGCAUUAUUUUUAUCAACGAUUCCAUAAAUUUAAAAAGUAUUUAAUCGAAAUAUUAUAAAAACUUGCGUAAGAUAAGGGCAUUGGAAACGUAUUUAACUUAAUAAAAUAUUCGUUUCUUUCAAUGGCGUAUUUUGUAUAAGAAUUGUGUCUCACCGAUUCGUGUUUGAUGCUGUCUACGAUUAAUAUACUGGGUGUUAGGAGACCGCUUCCGAAAACGAAGACAGACUAUUGUACUAAUGACACCUUUGAUGAUGCGACGGAAAAAAACCGAUCUUGAUUUAAAAACAGCAUUUUUUUAAAAGGCUUUAUUAGCAUUAUUUACGCUCUGUCGUGAUAGUACAGCUAAAUGAAAAGAUAGUUUCAUAAAAAAUACAUUAAUAAAAAAACAGCAAUGGAUCAGUAAUCCGAGCAACAGCUGUUUUUGAUUUAGUGUUUCACUGCUGGGUUUUUUUAUAAAACUAAUAAUCAAAUGUUUUAAAAGUACGAUCUUUUUUAAAUCAGAAUCGAUUUUUUUGCCCUCCUAUCAUCAAAGGUGUCAUUAGUACUAUCGACUGUCUUCGUUUUCGGAAGCGGUCCCCUAACCACUAUAACCUAUAAAAAAUCUAAACAUUAACAAUUAGACACACCCGGUUUAAUAGUUCUGACAACAUUGCUUUAUUCAUUUAAACAAUAAUUAUUACUAGUCCUAGAAAAAAAUAUUUUUUUAUGCAGUAUCAUGUUGUCAAAAUUUCUUAAUCAGGAAAAAAAAGAAGAAAAAUACAGUUUUUAAAGAAAUGCUCAAUAAACUAGUGUAAUGUACAACAUAAUAACAUUUUGAUUACUCAUAGUUUGAAAUAUAAAAGAAAUGUGGGCUGUGCUUCGUUAAAUACAGCUGUUCAAAUAUUAUAAGAUAAAAAUUAAUAAACACAUAAAUUACACAUGUUCAAUACAGCUUUAAAAAUAAUAACCUAUAGUUUUAGCUAAUUACAUAGUUGUUUAAUAGAAAUUUAUCGAUAUUACGUGCUCGCGCGAGGUUAGGCAUCGUUAUGUCUUGUUUCGGCUGCGAAACAAUCGUGCGAUUUCUAUUAUUCUUGUUACAUUCAGUUAUCGUAUCCACGUAUCGAUUUUUUUAUGUCUUACUUUAAAAUAUCUCAGACAGUCAAAAAGGUUAACAAUAAAAAAAGUUAAAUUCAUUUAAUCAUCUCAUAAAUUUUAGCUUUAUAGUCUGACUAACUGAAUAGUUAAUCGAUAAAAACACUUUCGAGUGAUAUCCGAAUAUAGUUCAACAAAAUCAUGUGUGCCAUUUCUAAUUAAGUAUUUUUACAAUAUUUUUUUAUUGGUAAAAGUGUCUUGCAUCUUUGUAACAUUUCCACGCUUUCGAAAAAUAUACUGUUUUUUUUUUAAAACGCCGCUUUUUUGUUUAUCGUAUAUGUGAAUAAUAAAUAAACUGUUCUCUAUUUAGUCAACGACACACGGAUCGCUCGACUCACUCACGCGGCCCUAAAUUUCUCUUAUGCGGAAUUUAUAUUACGAAAUUAGUGUCAUGCACGUUAAACUCAGUUUUACGAAAGUAGUUUCGAUAUAUCCGAAAGUAAUUUCGUAAAAAAAUUAGUGUCGCGAAAUCCACAGUAUCGCAGUAACCAUGGCGCCAUCAACAUCAAAGCUAUAUUUUGCUAUAUUCAAUGUAGGUAAAGAAAUGCUUAUAUACCUAAAAACUUAAAAAAAUACUAUCAAGAAAAAAAGAUUUUGUUUGAUUCGAGGAUGGUUAACAAGAAGGCAUUUAGGUGCAAUUAAGUUAGUCUCUGAAUUAGCAGAUGAAGAUCCUGAGAGCUAUAAAAACUAUUUUCGAAUGAGUGAAGAUAAUUUUGAUUUUUUACUGUAGGUGUUUCGGGUCCCAAAGACACUGUAGUAGCUGAUAUUCAAUAAUUAAUUCUAUAUUUUUAUCUGUACUCCAUCGUUGGGUUGCCAUUUUCAACUCUUGAAGCGCACGCGAGCUAAAAAUACACAUCCGCACAGCGCGGGCCCUUUCGCGACAUUAGUUUCAUGUCGCGUCUACACUAUGAAAUUGAAUGACACUAAUUUCACCAAAAAAUCGUGCAGGGCACGAAACUUAUUUGCAUUCAUGAAAUUAAUGCACGCAUUACGAAAAUGUUAAAUUACACGUGAAACUGAUGGUAAAAGUAAUGUCACGAAAUUAAUUUCAUGGCACUAAUUUCGUAAUGUAAAUUCGCCCUUAAUUUGAGCCCGUGAGCUCACCUAUCCGUCCGCGCGUAGCUGAAAUAGUCCAAGGCUACCAGCGUGUAGGGAAAAAAAACAAAAUACUUAAAAUCCAUUAUUAAGUUAGUUGUUAUAAAACGUAUUUAUUGGAACUAUAUUUUAUUAGUAGUUUCUGGAAACUACAUUCGUCAGUUCAAUGUAAGAUAUUUAAAACAGCUGGCAUUACUAUAUAUAUGAGGAUGAGGACUAAUGCAGCGGUUCGUAUCCCUCGUUUAUUGUUUCUUUAACGUUAAAAAAACGGUAGCAAUACAAGGUUGGCACGUCCGCCUAUUACUUGGUAACCCUAACCAUUAUUCUCGGUUGGAAUCAUUAUAUUUAAAUAUACUUGGCGUUCGAGUUACAGUGUACUAUACUAGUUUUUAUCUCGUAUCUUUCUGGUAUUCAUAGUACCGGUGAACACGGGCUUAUUUAGAGGAACAUAAUAUAUAUAAUAAAGUUAUAGAAGCAAGUUGACUAAAUAGAGUACGGUUCAGUUUCAUUUAGAUAAAUCACAGAAGCCCACGAAUCUCCAGAUAAAAUUAAAAGCCUAAAAUAGAGCGCGAAGUGGAGUGUAAAUUAUAACGUCAUGAUUUUUUUUAUUUAAUUAUGUCUGUUCUACUCGUAAUUAAGUUUGUAAAUUUAUAAUAAUGCGUAAACAGUAGUAGGUCCCUCAUAGUUACUUUAUUUUAAAUCGAUCUAAAUGUGUAAUAUGUGAGCAAUUACACGUCAUAUAAAUAAGUACAGUUUCGAUAAGUUGAAUAUGGAAAAAGGUAGCUACUAAAAUAGCGUUAAAUAGAUUAUGUAGAAUUAUUCACGUAAACUGAUGUUCAUAAAUCAAAAGACUUGCUAUCAUAAAAGCAAUGUUAAACCUCUUAUAAACGCCUUAGAUAUGAAAGCAAUCUAGUUAUAGUCUCGAAAAUUUAUAUAUUUAUAUAAGAUAACGUAAUAAGCAAUUAUUAAUGAUUUGUGACACAUUGAAUUAAAUAGAUUAGCAUUAUAUGUGAAUGAAAGGUGUAUAGCACUUUCCUUAGUCUCUCUAUUUAGAUUUUGUAGAUGUUAGUAAAUAACAUAAUAUUAUAAUAUAUUAUCCGUAAUUUAUUUCUGCCAAUACUAUCCUUUUGUGUACUCACAUGUAUAUCUGUUUAUUUUGUAAUUAAACAAGGUUAAUAUUUCAUGUUUCAAAGUCACCUCUAUUUAAUUUAAGUACAAAUUUAAAAGUAAUGUUUAUGACAAUCCGUCCAUAUAUAUUUUUUAAGUUAGAGACUGAAUAUGAUUUGAAGUAUUUAUAAUUUGCUUUUAUUAUUAUUAUUUUUAUUUUACCUAUUUGAAUUUAAUAUUUGAUCUGAAUUAAAUAUCUAAUUAUCUAUAUGAAUUAAUAGUUAUAUUUGUGUGUGUUGCCCUUUAUGCGUUCGUAAACCUUUUACUAGAUUGUGAUGAUACGUUGUUGUUGACACCGCAGGGAAUGUUUGUCAUAGUACUAUAAACGUACGAUAGGUGGCGCCUGAGUAGUUUGAAGAAAUUGAUGUUUUUCACACAUCUAGCUAUAGAUACAAAGGAACGAAAUCGGGUUUCACUAGUUAGUAAUUAAGUUGCAUUAAACAAUAUAUGAAGAAUUAUUAGAUGAUAAAUUUACUAUCAUGAAGACAGAGAGUUGUAUUAUUGUAAUAUUAAUAAUCGGAUAGAGAAUUAAUAAUAUGAAAGCAAUAUUAAUAUUAAAUGCAUAAUUCUUCCAAACAGUUUCAUUAUGAAAUCAGUGAGAACAGUGCCUGGACUUAUGUUAUUGGAAAUUAAGUAUACACAAUGCAUUUUACAUAAUUAGGUGUGUAAACCUAUAAUUUUUAAGAGCGUAAUUUUUUUUUCAAUAUUAUUGUCACAUGAGUAGCGUUUAAGCUAAACUGUAUUUGGAUUUAAUCGUAUUAUUGUUCCACCGCAAUGUUUUAUAUGUACAACAUAUACAUAAACUUGUUACACACUACCUUAAAUUAAAAAUAAUGUAUAAUGUAUUUAUUGUAUAUAAUUGUUUUUCUUAUGUAUAAAUAAUAAUAAUACUAUGGCUUUCUCGUGCGUAAUCGUUCUGCAGAAUUAGUGUUUAGAUAUUUUAAAAUUGACUUUUUCUAUUAAAUUUAAUAGAUAUGUUAACAAUAGAUACCUAGUAUAGUAUGAAGAAUAGUAAUAUGUGGUUUUGGAAAUCAUUAUAGCUACAGCAUUUUAGUGAGGAAAAUGUUCUUAUAUUUAUCGAAAAAUAGAAAAUAAAUUGCUUUGAAAUUUUGUUUCAUAUAUUUCAUAUUAUAUGUUUAUGAUUUUGAUAUAUUACGUAGGAAUUCAAAGUAGAUGAUGAUUAUUAAUUGGUUAUUGCAUCGGAAACUGAAAGUGAAUUAAUAAUACAAUGCCUAAAAGGUACUUUAUACUUUAAGUUCAUGUGUUUAAAUUUAAAAAUAGACAGACAACUGGUGGGUUUUACUGGUGGUAGGACCUCUUGUGAGUCCGCACGGGUCGGUACCACCGCCCUGCCUAUUUCUGCCGUGAAGCAGUCGUGCGUUUCGGUUUGAAGGGUAGGACAGCCGUUGUAACUAUACUUGAGACCUUCGAACUUAUAUCUCAAGGUGGGUGGCGCAUUUACGUUGUAGAUGUCUAUGGGCUCCAGUAACCACUUAACACCAGGUGGGCUGUGAGCUCGUCCACCCAUCUAAGCAAUAAAAAAAAAGAAGACAAAAGCUCUCGUUGGUUUUAAGCCUUCGUCAAACAGAACGCGUACUUAACGUCGCGCUCUUUUCAUGUCACCCAAAUUGACUAGAUGAGUCUAACGCUCCUUGACGCAACGCAUUCGCCAAAUCAUAGUGGCCUCGAGAGCAGUGUGAAAAUUUAAAAGUAUUAAGAAAUCGAGUGAUAUUUUUUCGGGCAUUAUCUAGUAUUUUAAUACACAUUCACUCGGACGCUAAAAUAACAUUUGUAAAAAAUUACAACGCCUGACGUCAAAGCGUCCUAACGCCGCGACAGAGCGCUGCGUACUUAUAGCGCUGGGACUCUGUCUGACGGUAUGUUACUAUAUUAGUACAACACAUCUCGGAGUCAUAGCGCGGCGUCAGUUUAGCGCUCUGAAGCGCGCUAAUUACGCGUUCUGUUUGACGAAGGCUUUAAACAAUCCCGGGGCAUAUUUUCAACACAUAGUAGAAGCUUUCGUAGCAGUCUAUUAAUUUUUUAAAUAUUUGUGCAGUCUUUAUAACCUUUCUAGUUAUAUUUAAACGUCUACUGCAUGACACUGAUCAUAAAAAAGACAAUCAUUAGUAAAAAAUAAUAAUUGUGCGAGUAUCAUAGUUUGAACAGAUGUUGCGUUGUUUGUUGGAUCUUCUCAGUUGUAUUCGAGAUGAGACAACUCUGAACACGGUUUCAUCAGGCUAGAGUUGAAACUGUCGUAACUGGAAUUACUUUUAUUUGUUUUCCCGUCUUGAUUAUGGUAGGAUAAUUGUCAUUACUCAACUUGUUGGGGAGGAUUAAAGAAAUAUUAUAACUACGUUCUAAACAAAAGAUUAUCUUUUCCGAUUUUUAUAAAAGUAUUUUUACCUAACAACAUGCAAAGCUAACAAAAACGAUAACAACUUCUUCCUGCUCUUAUCCCACAUUACGUGGGGUCGAUGCGGCAUGUCCACUUAUCGUCAGCAUAAGUAUUUGGCAUGUGUUUUACGACCUUGGGGUUAUAUCUCCAGUAUUGGAUGUAUAUUAGAACGUAACAAGGGAGGGACUUUUCUAUUUUUUCAUUUGACGUUUCUUUUAGCACAUCCAGUUUUUUAGAAAAAACACCAUAACAACUGCAAUAUGCCAAUAUAAUGAUAACUUAAAUUCUUUUUAUUUUGCUUAUAUUGGUUUAGGACACUGUUCCUCUGGUGAUCAAUGUUCAUCAGAGUUCGUAGACAUUGCGAAGUGAAUGUCGCUGCCUAUUUAUGAUAUGAUAUAGAAGGCUCUAAAGCCUCCAUCUAAGCGAAGCAUCCACUUAAGCAAUAAAAAAAAAAAAAAGGCUCAAUUUAAUGUAACGAAUGUCUCACCUUUCAAAUUGGUACACAUCACUACAUCGUGGUUGAAUUAGGGAGGAUCGCGAUAUCCACCCUGUGCGGUCUUACAAUGUACUAGACUACUAAUUUAUAAUACCACCAGUAAUUAUACGAAUUAUGAAUUUUCGGGUUUGGAUUUUUAUUAGAAAAUAGUAUACCUGUCGUGAAGUCGUUCGUGAACACGUGCUACGUAUUUCGUUCGAGAAAUUGUCAUCAGAUUAGUAAUUUGGAUUACCAGGAUUUGAACCCUGGCGUAGGUGCGUCGCUCGGUAAGAGUAUACUAGCCGUCUCAUCCUUUAGACCGCAACGACUUCGUUCGACGAAGACAUAAUAUUAUCCAUGAAAUUCAUAUCGUCUGCAGACAACAAACGUAUUAGCUCCUGUUUUUUCGCUUGAUAAAUAGUGUACAACCAUUCCAAACUCUAGUUGACUCAUCCCCAAGUUAUAUCGUCUUUUCGAAUUAAAAGUGUACAAUUUCCAAAAAUAUUCGAAAUUGAGUGAAUUAGCGUAAACAUUUGGUAUCACCAGUAUUUUUUCUCAUAAAUACUGUCAACAGAGCGUAGUUUUAAUUUUAAUUUUUUUUUUAGUUUACUUAUGUUUUGACUACUAUUAACAAAAUUAAUAGUACAUGAUUUAAUCUUAAUUUAAAAGACAGAUAAUGUAAUCGGUAAAAAUAAAAAAAAAUAAAGUUGUAAAGAUGAUUAAUAUUAAAUAUAUCACAUGUUAAACCUUUAAAACACUCUCCUGUAAAAAUAGUAAUUUUUGUUAGUUGAUUAUACAGUUUUAAUGCGAGAAAACGAUAUGUAUGCGGUAUAAGGUAACAAACCUUAAAACUUUCAAUUUUAGUACGUAAGUAGUGUUUUGGAAAACAGGAGAAUCCUUCCCUUCCAGACAACCACAUAAGGCAUUGUAUACUGGAAACUAGUCAUAUCGUUUCAAAACUAUCAUGAAAUUAAAGCUGGUUUUGCAUUCGACUUGAUAUGUUCAAGUUUGUUCUCAAUAUUCAUAACGUGUAUUCAAAUUAGAGUCUCAGAAUAAGUAUUCACUAAUUAUAAUUGAUAAUCGAUCGCUUCUUUGUUAGUAAGUUAGGCUUAUUUUUAAUUUAAUUCAUUCAAUUUUUUUCAAUGUUUUAUAUAAAGGUCGGUACGAUUCGUCGAUUGGGUAACUCGUCAGUUAAACAUUUGUUUAUGAAUCUCAUUCGUGAAAAAUAAUACUAUUGUGUUGUUCUGCAAUUUAAUACAGUACACGUUGUUUUUAUUCAUAUGUGAAGUCGAAAUUACUUUAUCUUGGUUAAUAUAAUAAUGAAAUCUAUUAGAAAAUUAUAUUACGCGCUAUUAUUAUUUGAUAAGUUCUAAAAUAAAAAUCACACUUGUCUAAUUCGAAAUAUGCACUUGCCAUGUAUGAUAUUAAUGAUGUUAGAAGAAAAACAAAUAAAAAUUAAAGUUUAAAAAAAAAUCACUUAAUCAAUGAUUAAUAUCUUAAAUAGUCUUUGUUUUAAAGACUUGUAGAUAUAAUAUAAAGUAUCAAAUAUGUAUGCUUUAACGGUGGUUGAAAUUAAGUUUACAUAACAUAUUAUUCACUAGGGCCGCAUUUUUAUCAGUUUGAAGGCAUUAGUACUAAGGUUACCGGUUCCAAAACUAAUAUUAGUCAAUGAUUAUGUUUAAAAAACUUUCAAUUUUGUCUUAAUCUAAGUUUCUCAAGUUCACUUGUUUUAUUUGAAAAUAAUAAAAUUACGAUUAGCUCUCUUGGAUAUUUAGUUAGUAAUUCACUGUUCACAAUAAAUAUAAUAAUUUUUAA